CACCGAGCUAACGUCACCCGCUGAACCCCAACAUGCCCGUACAUGUCCACCGAGGCUCUCCGACGUUUACUAUCCACCUCACAUCUUCCUCUAAAGCGUGUUAACGAAUUAACGAUGGCGUUUUUUAGCGAACCGAGCUAGCAGACGGUUUUUUUAUUUUUUGCGUGUGCGUUUUUUCUCCGCUAGCCACAGUCAGUCGAGCGGCUAACCAGAAGGAGUUGUUUUGUUAGCUCGGCUGAACAUGGCGAUCGUGUCCGGCUCCUGCGCCCGGGUCAACGGGUCCAGGAACGGGCCCUCCGCCUCGGCGGCGGCCGCCACGCCGUCCGGGUCCGCGGGGCAAUCGCAGCCCAUGAUCGCGGUGUGGGAGUGGCAGGACGACCUGGGCUACUGGCGGCCUUACAGCGGCCAGGUGAGCGCGCACAUCGAGCGGUGCUUGGCUCCGCGGGGCCCGCGGGGAGGAGGAGGGGGACCCGGCUCCACGAGCAUCUGCCUCGGACAAUCGGACCCCAGCCUGUCGCCGUAUCUCAUCGACAUACCGAGCUUGAAGCAGUUUCGCCAGGACACGGGAAAGACCCGGUCGGUACGCCGGUCCCUGUUCGCCCAGUCCUCGGGCCUCGGCAGUGGCGUUUACUGGGAGUGGCUCAACGAUGAAGGUGGGUGGACUCCGUAUGAGACUCGAACCUCUAUCCUCCUGGAGCACAGCUACCAGGCCCGCCAGGGCACGGCGGACCUGGGCCCACAUGGAUACAAUUACAUCGUGGACCUCACGUCUCUAGCCCAGGUGAACAAAGCGACGGGCUUCAGGCGGCAGGUGCGACGGCAGUGCAACCAGCCCUACCCGCUGGCCUCCCUGGGCCCCCCGGCCAUCCCCUCGGGCCCCGCCUGCUCCUGCCAGCAGUGUUUGAGCCACAGCAGCACAGGACCCAUGCCCAGCCGCUCGCGACAUUCCUUUUCGUCGGGCAGCCUGAACCGGCCCGGUCUCCAAGCGACGGGCCGGGCCGCCGUGGCUCACCCCACUUCUGUCUACUCGCCGUACCCGAGGAGACCCCUCUCUGUGGGGGGGAUGUCGUGGGGCAGCCCCUGGCCUCCACCGCCCUCCGGAAGCCAACUGGCCGCGCCGCUCCCGACCGGCUCUACCAGUGCCAACGGCCUGAGUGUCCCGUCCAUCUCUGUGCCGCUGAAUGGAUCCACCAGCGUGAGCUCCGCCCUGGCAGGCAUGGCCUCCAUUUUGAUGUCGGCGGUGGGACUCGGCGUGCACUUCACCGCUGCCCCCCUCCCUCAGCAGCAGCUCCAGCAGCCGCCUCCUCCUCUUCCUCCUCCUCCUCCUCCUCCGCCACAGCAGCAGCUCCAUCAGCUCCAGCAGCAGCCUGCUCCCUUCUCGCUCCCUCUUCCUCUCCUCCCCCCUCCAGCCAGCAGGCCCAGCAAGCCCCUCCCCCCCCCCAGCAGCAGCAGCAGCAGCAGUUCAGUUAGGAGAGCCAAGAGGCAGCACAGGAGAGCCUCGGCUCAGCGGCCCGAGGACGUGAUCCAGCGCUACAUGGAGGCGGUGGCCGGCGUCCAGGACGAGGACUGCAUCAUCUGCAUGGACCAGCUGUCCAACCCGUCCGGAUACGAGACCCAGCCGGCGGCGCCGGGCGGGCCGAGCGUCCUGCCGGACACGGCGGGAAAGUUCAUCAAGUGCGGCCACACGCUGCACCUGCUGUGCAUGCUGGCCAUGUACAACAACGGCACCAAGGACGGCAGCCUGCAGUGUCCGUCCUGCAAGACGAUCUACGGCGAGAAGACGGGCGCGCAGCCCAAAGGCAAGAUGGAGAUCUACAGCAUCGGCCAAUCGCUGCCCGGACACCCGGACUGCGGAACCAUCCAGAUCAUCUACAGCAUCCCGCCGGGGCUGCAGGGCUCGGAGCAUCCCAACCCAGGACAGCCGUACAGCUGUCGAGGUUUCCCUCGCUUCUGUUUUCUACCCGACAACGACAAAGGCAGGAAGGUGCUGGAGCUGCUGAAGGUGGCGUGGAUGCGGCGCCUCAUCUUCACCGUGGGCACGUCCAGCACCACCGGGGAGCCGGACACCGUGGUGUGGAACGGCGUCCACCACAAGACGGAGAUGAUGUCCAACAUGUCGGGCCACGGCUACCCCGACCCCAACUACCUGGACAACGUGCUGGCGGAGCUGGUGUCGCAGGGCGUGACGGAGGACUGCUUCAAGCCGCCGGGCGGCGGCAGCUAGGUCCCGCCUACCUUCACGCCGCCGCGGCGUUCAAAUCGUAGCGCGAGACGAGAGACGAGAGCUCGACAGAAUGACGCUUCAUCCGCCACGGCAUUCCUGCUCGACAUAUUUUCCCGGAGACUGAACUUCAUCCCUCUGAACCUCUUUCACCUUUCUGGAGCGUGAGUGUGUGUGUGUGUGUGAGUGUGAGUGUGAGUGUGUGUGUGUGUGUGUUUCCAGCCUCAUCUGUCUCCCCGUGUCCAGCUUCCAGCUCACAUUGGGGAUAAUAAAAAAAAAUCUCUCAUUAAGCACUUUAGUUCUGCCGAGAUGUGGGAUUUUUAACCCUCGGAACCCCGAGCAGCUUCGUGCGCGUGUGCGUGUGCGUGUGCGUGUGUGUGUGUGUGUGUGUGUGUUUGGGUAGGGGGGGGGUCGGGGGGGGUCGUCGUCACGUUUGACCUUUUUCACUGCAAUAUAUAAAAGUCCUGCACUUCUGUGGAAACGGAACAAUCGCGGCUGGAACUCACGAGGAAGAGAAACGCACAACGAAUCCUUUACACAACAAUUUGAGAAACACUAAAACACAAACACACACACACACACACACACUGGGUCUAGACACACGGGUCGUCUACAAGUGUUGGGAGCCUCUGUGUUGUUUCCAUUGUUAACGUUUCGCAGCCUAAAGCCGCAUCAAUCACGGCCUCCUCGCCGGAGGUCAGAACCGUGUGUUUGUUCGCGGGUCAAGCGGUUCUUUUGGGUCGAGACACGUGCAGAAUAAAAUGUUUUUGGUGAAAUAUCAAGAGUUUAAGCUUCGUUUCGUUGGGGUUUUUUUCUCCACGGCGGCGUUCGUCACACGAGGUGUUCAAGGACCGUCGGAAAAAAGAUUGUGUCUUCAAGGCGUAUUGCGCGUCCCGCUGGAGGUUCUUUGGGGUUCAGAGGGUUCUGGUUCUGGUUCAGUGACGUUUCCAAAUUGGGAGGUUAUGCAAUGAAAGUGCUUCUGCUCAAAAACGUUGGUGUUUAGCACAAAGACAUAUACAGGACUGUCUCAGAAAAUUAGAAUAUUGUGAUAAAGUUCUUUAUUUUCUGUAAUGCAAUUAAAAAAACAAAAAUGUCA